UCGCCGUCGGCAGUGCACACUCAUACAUUGUUGAUAAGUUGCCGUUGACAUCCGCGUAAUCGGAAUCGCAAAAUUUAAUCGGUGUCGAUAAAAUUAUAAUAUCAGUAACAAAAUUGAAUAGACUAUUUAAAUAAUUAUUUUUGGUAUGAAUAAGUUAUAACAUAACGGACAGCUAAUUUUUGGCAGUAUGGAAGAAUUCAAGAAGCACUGAACGGUUAAAGUUUACUAUGGUUAGCGGAGUAGAUAUUUUUAAUUACAACAAUGUCAAAUGUCGAGGCGAACAAUAAUAUGAAUAUAGAAGAUAUAAAAAAUCACAAGACGGUGAAUAAAAUUGGAGACGUCGAAAGGGGUAAAGCAGCAAGUAGCUCAAGCAUACCCUGGGUAACGGUCAUGGUACUGGUGUUCGCGUUGGCCGCUUUGGUGGCGGCGUGUGCUGUAGCCUGGGUAUUUUGGAGUUGGCAGACUGCCCUCGUAGUCCUCGCGAUCCUAGUUGUGUUAUAUGUGUUCACCUAUUUUUGGCACUGGUUGUGGGUCGCUGCUCAAACUGCACCACGUGAUUUAAAAGCGUUGUACUGUUACAUUAAAAUUCUACGACUAACAGGGAAUUUCACAAAGAAGAAUUGGUCUAUGCCGGACAUAUUUCACGAUGUAGUGAAGAAGCAUCCAAAAAAGAUAUGCUUUCUUUUCGAAGACGAAUCAUGGACUUUUCAGCAGGUAGAAGAAUUCAGUCUUCGGGUUUCAGCUGUGCUCAAAGCGUACGGUGUAAAGCGUGGGGACACGGUGGCAGUUAUGGCGAGCAACUAUCCCGAAAUGCCAGCCAUCUGGCUGGGAAUUGCACGUAUCGGAGGCAUUUCACCACUUAUCAACACAAACCAAACUGGCAAUACGCUGCUCCAUUCCAUCAAUAUUGCUCACUGUGAUUUCGUUAUAUAUGGAAGCGAGUUUGAAACAGCUAUCCAGGACGUUAAAAAGGAACUGAGCGACUCAAUUAAACUUUUAAAAUUCACCAGACGGCCACUUAACUUGUCUAAUGACACAGUAAAAGUAGUAGAAUCUUCGACUGAUUUCACCCACUUAUUGGAAACCACUCCACCGGCGCCGUGGAGUCUGUCUGAAGGCGAAGGUUUUCUUGGUAGGCUGCUAUAUAUUUACACAUCGGGAACUACGGGACUACCUAAAGCAGCAGUUAUAUCUCCAUCGAGGAUGGUAUUCAUGGCUUCCGGUGUUCAUUACCUAGGUGGGCUCAACCCCAAAGAUGUGAUCUACUGCCCAAUGCCAUUAUACCAUUCCGCUGGUGGUGUCAUCACUAUGGGAAAUGCGUUCAUUUUUGGCUGCACUGUUGCUUUAAGACUGAAAUUCUCAGCUUCAGCAUACUUCCCUGACUGCAUUAAAUAUAACGCAACGGCAGCUCAUUACAUUGGUGAGAUGUGCAGAUACGUGCUGGCAACGCCACCAUCCCCCACCGACAGAAAGCACAAAGUGCGAGUGGUCUAUGGAAACGGCAUGCGACCAACGAUUUGGAAUGAGUUCGUGAAACGCUUCGGAAUAAAAAGGGUUUCGGAGUUUUACGGCGCUACUGAAGGCAAUGCAAAUAUUGUGAACAUUGACAGCAAACCAGGAGCGAUAGGUUUCGUGUCGAGAAUUAUCCCAGCUGUGUAUCCCAUUGCAAUCAUCAAAGUUGAUGAGGAUACGGGAGAACCUAUUAGAGACAAACGCGGCCUUUGUCAGUUAGCGGGAGUAAACGAGCCUGGAGUAUUCAUCGGAAAAAUAAAGCCGAAUAACCCAGCGCGUGCUUUCCUUGGCUACGUUGAUAAAGAAGCUUCCGAUAAGAAAAUCGUGAAAGAUGUACUUAGUCACGGAGAUUCGGCUUUUAUAUCAGGAGACGUAUUAGUGUCUGAUGAGUUGGGAUACUUGUAUUUCCGCGAUCGUACAGGCGAUACGUUCAGAUGGCGCGGGGAGAAUGUUAGUACCACCGAAGUGGAGGCCGCUAUCUCCAGAGUGGCAGACCAGAGAGAUGCCGUCGUCUAUGGUGUUGAAAUACCGGAUAUAGAAGGACGAGCAGGCAUGUGCGGUGUCGUAGAUGCAGAUGGCACGCUAGAUUUAGAAAAACUUGCAAAAGAUAUUGCGAAGGAUCUUCCCAAAUACGCCCGCCCGGUUUUCAUACGACUUAUGAGCAGUAUGGAUAUGACUGCUACCUUCAAGUUAAGAAAAGUCGACCUACAGAAAGAAGGCUACGAUCCCAACAGGGUGAAAGACAAGCUUUACUACUUUGAUCCAAAACUGAAUAAAUACGUUACCUUAGGCCCUGAAGAAUAUGAAAAAAUUGUGUCAGGAAAAAUAAGACUGUGAUUUUAUAAAUAAAUAACAAUUUAAGUAAUGACGGCUUCAGUUCGAAGGUCACGGGCAUAUGCAGAGGUGAGGCAUCUGACCACCUAGCAGGGUAUUUAUAUGUUGAAUAGUUGCUGGUCGGCUGGAGCCAGGAAUGCUUACGAACAGGGGGAUUAAAUAAAUAUGAAUUGUUGUAUACAACUAAAGGAACUAACGACAAGGAACACAAUUCGUAAGCGUAUAAAUAAAAUAAGCGUAGUAAAAGAAAAAAAAAACUUGUACCUGGAGCAACACUUAUUCUGUAUCAAACAAUAAUGUAUUAUAAAUAAAAAAUAAACAAUUUUCAAGACAUCUUUAUUAUACACAAACAAUGCUAACGAAGUUUCAUGUUCAUUUAAAGUAAAGCUUGCCUGUCGCUUGACUUAACACUUGACUGAUAUACUGCAUAUGCCUAUAUUAUUGCACACUUAGCCUUAGGUUACGCCCUUGGCUCACAUGUACAAAAGUAAGUUGACUGAUAAAAGUGUGUAACUUUGCCUUUAAAGAUUUUUUUAUAAGGAUAUGUAGUAUAAAUAAAUAUUUUUGUAUUUAAAUAAAUUAUUGAUAUUUGUAUUGUUUUCUAAGGGUUAUUAUGUGUGGGUAGGUACAUCAACAUUUAUACAGAUUAUAAAAAGAAAUAAAAUGUAAUAAGAGCUGA